AUGCGAAGAUAUAAGGAGGUUGAAGCUGACUAUGUUUCCAUAUCUGGUCUUCCGAUACUUAAAACAGCAUUAGAACCUCUGGAAAGGUGUACAUCAAAUUUUUAUACACGAGAGAUAUUUUUUAUAUUUCGACCAAUGCUUGUUAGGGCUGCAAGAAUGAAGGUUGUGCAAGAUGUGGCAUUUGAUUCAUUUGUACUUUAUACAAUAUCUAAAUAUGGAAGUCUAAAUAGUUCAUGGGAGGUGUCUGUAGAUAACGAAAGGAUGAAAUUUAAUUGUUCAUGCUUAAGGAUGGAUUCUUUUGGAAUUCCGUGUGAGCAUAUAGUUUGUGUGCUAGUGUUUCUUAACAUCCUUGAGCUGCCAAAGUCUCUUGUGUUGACAAGAUGGUCGAAGAAUGCCAAGACAAGCACUUUCGAUUCAAGUGGCGUUACUUGGGAGUCUAUAAUAUUGAGUCAAUAUGGAUGCUUGAUGGAUUGGUGUCGGCAGUUGUCCUAUGUCGCUAGUCGAAGGCAAGAGAGAUUCUACCUUGUUCAAGAUACUGUUAUGAGCCUAAUCGAAGAUUUUAAGAUUGAAGAUGAACAAGAAAAGCAAGUUGGUGCUGAAGCUGAUGAUUCAUAUGGUAUUUUUCCUAAGAAUCCACAAAAUUGUAGGUCUAAGUGUCGUCCUGGUGAGAAGGUAAAACGAAAACCACAAUGA